GGUCCACCACUCCUACUACUACUCACACCCUAAAUUUUCCUCUCACCUAAAAUACAAAAAUCAAACAUCCAAUAUUUUACUCUUUCAAUUUCUCUUCUUCUCUCCAAAAAGAAAAAACAAAGUAAAACAAAACCAAAAACCAUCAUCACCAACAGUAAUCUAUUUGUAAUGCUGCUUUAGUCUCUCUGUAAUGUGAUUUGGUGGUAGAACCCAUUUGGUAGAAGAAGAAGAAGAAGUAACAGGUGUAAAGAGAGAAAGAGAGAGAGAAAGAGACAUUAUUAGUAAUGGUAGAUUUUAACAACAACAUGGGUUUCUUGUUUUUUCUCUAGAAGAUCUGAAGCCAUUUACACAGAGAUGUUGCAGUUUUUUGUAAGAGAGAUCUGGGUUCUGUCAGAUUACAACUACAUAUUAUUAUUAGCAUGAAGAAAAAACAACAACAACAUACAACUGAACAAGAAGAAGCUGAAGAGCAAGCUAUUUUUAGGGUUUCAUUUCUACUAGUAUUAUCAGCUCAUUUCUGCUUAAAAUGACGACUAAGCGUGCUUAUAAGCUACAGGAAUUUGUAGCUCAUACAUCAAAUGUGAACUGUCUUAAGAUUGGAAGGAAGACAUCUAGGGUUCUUGUUACUGGAGGAGAAGAUCACAAAGUUAAUCUAUGGGCUAUUGGCAAGCCUAACGCCAUUUUGAGCUUAGCUGGUCAUACGAGUGCCAUUGAGUCUGUAAGUUUCGAUUCUUCUGAAGUGGUUGUGGCUGCGGGAGCAGCAAGUGGUACAAUUAAACUGUGGGACUUGGAGGAGGCAAAGAUUGUUCGCACACUAACGGGGCACAGAUCAAACUGCAUUUCGGUAGACUUCCACCCGUUUGGGGAGUUCUUUGCUUCUGGUUCUUUGGAUACAAAUCUCAAAAUAUGGGAUAUAAGAAGGAAAGGAUGUAUUCACACGUACAAGGGCCAUACACGCGGUGUGAAUGCCAUUAGAUUUACCCCAGAUGGACGUUGGGUUGUUUCUGGCGGAGAAGACAACACUGUCAAGCUGUGGGAUCUGACUGCUGGAAAGCUUUUGCACGAAUUUAAGAAUCACGAGGGCCAAAUCCAGUGUAUCGAUUUUCAUCCCCAUGAGUUCCUACUAGCAACAGGUUCGGCUGAUAGGACUGUUAAGUUCUGGGACCUUGAAACUUUUGAGCUGAUUGGUUCAGCUGGACCCGAGACCACGGGAGUGCGUUCUGUUACCUUUAAUCCUGAUGGAAGAACCUUGCUUUGCGGGUUGCAUGAAAGUCUGAAGGUUUUCUCUUGGGAACCAAUAAGAACUCAUGAUGCUGUAGAUGUAGGAUGGUCCAAAUUGUCAGACCUGAACAUUCACGAGGGAAAACUUCUUGGAUGCUCUUACAAUCAAAGCUGUGUUGGAGUAUGGGUUGUGGACAUCUCGCGGAUAGAGCCAUAUUCAAUUCCUACUGCUACCCGAUCAAACGGUCUUCAAGAAUCUAAAUCAACUCCAAGCGGGAAUUUGUCUGUCCUAGCGGAUAACAGUUUGAAGUCAAGCAUGGGGAGGCUGUCAGUCUCACAAAAUGUAGAUCCCGUAGUCAAGGAGACUAAAACUUUGGGGAGGCUGUCAGUGUCACAAGCUUCAGAAACUGUUGUAAAGGAGAUAAAACCUCUGACAACCACAGGAAGUGUCCCUAGUACUCCUCAGAGAGUUAUACCAAGUAUGGGUGCCAAAUUAGGGAAUACUGCAGCCAUUAUGAAGAGGAGUUCUGCAAAAGCCCAGUCAUCACCCAGUAUUCAGAUCUUCGUUCCCAGGAAUAGCACAAGACCAGAGCCGCCUGCUGAUGUCAAAAAAGAAAAUAGUGCUUCUGGAAGAUCAACUCCAUUUUCCAUGCAUUCAAAAGCAGCUGAUUUUCCAAAGAUGUCAAAUAGUAGAGAAGAAUCUGAGAGAUCAAAUUCUUCUGUAGAAUCUGGAACCGGGGGUUAUAAAAGCACUGGACUGAGUGAAGCUAGUGACCAGAAUUUUACUUCUGCAAAUGAUGGCAUGAAUCCAGCAAACCCUGUGAUUGAAAGAAAUGUGAUGGAUGUCAGAUGUGUUGGGCCAGGGAAGCACAGAAUGAAUUCCUCUAUGGAGCCUCCUCCCAGCUAUAAAGAUGAUGCUCGAUUACCCAAAACAAACAGAGAUAUAUCUGUAGAAGUUUCAAAAGCAGGAAGAACGCGUUCACUUGUUUCCAACUGGGAAAAGAGAGAAACAUCUCCUAGUUAUGAAGGACCUACAUCCAGUAAUUCAUCCGAGACAACAUCUGCCACAACCACACCCUCUCUUAAUCAGAGAGGGCGUGCUCCAGCUCCAUCUGUUGAAAAAGAAACUGUUUUGGCUAGUGAUGAGGAUGUCAUUUCAGAUCUAACGGAACAACACAAAGAAUUCCUAGGCUCGAUGCAAUCUCGCUUAACCAAAUUACAGGUAAUCCGCAGAUACUUAGAGAGGAAAGAUGUUAAGGCGGCCAUUAGUGCAAUGGAGAAGAUGGCUGAUCAUGCGAUUGUUGCUGAUGUCAUCGGAGUUUUGGCACAAAAGCCUGAUAUCAUCACGCUGGAUCUUUGUGCUUGUCUACUUCCACUCUUAGCAAGCCUUCUAGAAAGCAAGAUGGAUGGGCAUUUAAGCAUUUCCCUGGAAAUGCUGAUAAAGUUGAUCAGAGUCUACGGCCAUGUCAUCCAUUCCACAUUAUCAGCGUCUUCAUCUGUCGGUGUAGAUCUUCAACAAGAACAAAGGUUGGAGCGCUGCAAUCUUAUAUUUAUCGAGCUAGAAAAAAUCAAGCGUUGCCUUCCUUCCCUUACCAGAAGAGGAGGAUCAGUGGCAAAAUCUGCGCAGGAGCUAAGCCUAGCUCUUCAAGAGAUUUUAUGAAUUAACACGUCGAGUACUACUAAUGUACAUAGUGGAGAUUUGUACUAAAUUAGUUAUUAACCCGAUUCAUUUUUAGUAGAGGAGGUUUGUACUUUUAUUCUUUUUUGAAAUGUGAGGUUGUAUUAAAAAAAAAAAAAUUGUAUCAAGAAGAACUAAACCACCAAUGCAGUGGAGAAAGCUCUUCAGAAAUUACAUAUUUACCAGAAAAAAGAAAGGCAAAAAAGAAAAGGAA